CCAGUUCGUCGUUCUCAGAUUCAUUUAACCGGGGACUCUUGAGUAGUGAGAGUUUUGACCGAAGAGCCCAAAACAUGUCCUCCGACCCGGGGCACACCAAUGGCUACCACAACGACGAUUAUCAGCUGCAACAAAGCGGCGGAGGGCGACUCAGAAGAGGUGUUCGCCGUAGGUCGCGGGAACCGCACCGGUAUGUGCCGCAUGGCCUUCCUAGGGUUCCACAGAAGCCGGAGGAAACGAAACCCGCACCUUGUACGGACUUCGAUAUGGCAUACUUUCAAUCCUAUGCUCAUGUUGGCAUCCACGAAGAAAUGAUCAAGGAUCGUGUACGGACAGAAACAUAUAAGGCAGCGAUCAUGCAUCAUCGGAGUGCUAUCGAAGACAAAGUUGUAGUGGAUGUUGGAUGUGGCAGUGGUAUUCUAUCUAUAUUCUGUGCUCAGGCAGGUGCAAAGCGGGUAUAUGCAGUCGAUGCCAGUGAUAUUGCCGUGCAGGCAAAAGAAGUUGUGAAAGCAAAUAAUUUAUCCGACAAAAUAAUCGUAUUACAUGGACGGGUUGAGGAUGUUCAAAUUGAUGAGAAGGUUGAUGUUAUAAUUUCAGAAUGGAUGGGUUACAUGCUCUUUUAUGAGAGCAUGCUGGGAAGUGUAAUUACAGCAAGAGAUCGCUGGCUGAAACGCGGAGGUCUUAUUCUUCCAUCAAAUGCAACGCUUUACAUGGCACCUGUAACACAUCCUGACAGAUACAGCGAAAGCAUUGAUUUCUGGCGUGAUGUAUAUGGAAUUGAUAUGUCUGCUAUGUUACAAUUAGCAAAACAGUGUGCUUUUGAAGAGCCUUCAGUCGAAACUAUAACGGGCGAGAAUAUUUUGACAUGGCCACAUGUGGUUAAACAUGUAGACUGCUAUACAGUUCAACUUCACGAGCUUGAAUCCAUAACGACAACUUACAAAUUUAAGUCGAUGACGGCAGCUCCUUUGCAUGGAUUUGCAUUUUGGUUUGAUGUGGAAUUCAAUGGGCAUGUGUUAUCUUCUACCAAUAGUGAUUUGCCUACCGUACCUCUGGGAUCCUCAAAUAUUCCUUCAGUUGAUGGUGGUCAGAGAAAAAAGCGGACAAAUCCCAAUGAAGCACUGGUGCUGUCCACUGCUCCUGAGGACCCUCCAACACAUUGGCAGCAGACAUUGAUAUACUUUUACGACCCAAUAGAAGUGGUGCAAGAUCAAGUAAUUGAGGGCUCUUUAAAAUUAGACCAGAGCAAAGAGAAUCGUCGAUUCAUGAAUAUUCGUCUUGAAUAUGCUUCUGGUGGUCGGUCCUUCGUCAAAGAGUCAGUAUUGCGGUGAUCCUCUUUGAGUUUCUGUUCGUUUUUCCCAUUCAAGGCCUUAUUCGUUCAAAUUAUAAGCCUUGCAAAUCAUCAAGCACUCAAUAUGUAGUUGUUGUCAAUCGAUUUUGCAUCUUCUGGCACAACUGCGUCAUUGCUGAUGAACUGAUGGAUUCGUUAUCCUUAUACACAAAAACAACAGAGAGAAAGCUGUUCAUCGGUUCUAAGCACCCUUUGUAGCAACACUUAUUUGCAUCUUCUGUCUGAUAUGUGUUUUGCAGUUUCUAGGGCACGUCAAAGGAAUUCACUUGGUUGGGUGGUAGUAUUCUGUAAGAAGGAUAUGAAUUUCUAUUGAUAAUUCUUAUUUCAUUGUCUAAUUCUGUCUCUAAUUUUAUUAUUUUUUAGAGUUUUGAGUUUGUGCUA